AUCUUUCUAGGUUCCUCAUCCAUAAAACCUGUGUGAAAAACAGCCAUGGCAUCUGCAGGCAGCAUGGCGAAUGCCUCAGCGGCAGGAAAGUUCUACGAGCACUUCCGUGCCGAGUACGCUACGAUCAAGUCCACAAUCGCCAGCAACAGAUCCGAAGCAGCCCAGCGCCUCCGCCAGCUGGAUAUCGCCUUACGCGAGGCAAACAUAUACCUGCCCGCAUACGACCAGAAGCACUUGACCAAGGACCUGGAGGAGCUGCGCGCACUGCUGCACAAGCAAAGCGAAACAAAGCGGUUCGGGUUCAAGUUCAAGAAGGCAACGACUACGAGCAAAGUGCAGCCAAAGAAGGCCGAGGAGCCGCAGCCAGAGCAGGCGGCGAAUAGCACUGAUAGUUCGGAUUCGUACGUGUUCAAGGAUAUUGCCGGCGAGUGGGUGGUUGCCGAGCCACGGUCAGCUGCAAGCGCAUCAACUGACGGCGAGCUGCGCGACAUCUCCGAGAGUGUUGUGGAUCUGCGCAGCAUUGGCGGUUCGCUACGCGCACUGAAUUGCCGCCGACUCCAAAAUUGCAUCGUUAUAUGUGGGCCAUUUGCGGGCUCGACAACGAUCCGUGACUCCAGCAAUUGCGUUUUCAUCAUUGGCGUGCGGCAGUUCCGCAUGGAGAACUCGCGGAAUAUCGAUGUAUAUUUGCACUGUGCCAGCCAUCCGAUCAUUGAGAAGUCAACGGAGAUCCGGUUUGCGCCAUACCCAGAGUUCGGAUCGAAGGCCAUGGAGGAGGAGUUUGCAAGGUCAGGGCUGAAAGGCAUCUCGAAUUCGUUUGACAAGGUGGACGAUUUCAACUGGCUCAAACGCCAAGCAUCGCCAAAUUGGUCGCUAAACGACUCGCCGAUCGCAGACUGGUCGGCUCUGGAUGACGCCUUGCAUCCUCGACAAAAGCUACUCGAUGUGUUGCCUCAAGCAAUGUAGAAAAGAGCUGAAUAGACAUGUAGUUUGGAAAGAG